AUAUCAGUUAUUUCGGUUAGAUUUCUGUUCGAUGUGAUAUGGGUUCCACCAUCUUUUAUCUUUAUAUUCUUAUUUACAUAAAGAGCAUGUUAGCUGUCGUUACCAUAACAGUUAUGUCUACAUCUCCCAAAACCAGAAAAAUCCGAAACCCAUUAAUUCAGUUCCUCGUUCUUCGAUCUCCCUGUGGGCGCGUACAAAUCCAGAUUACCCACCAAAAAUUCCCCCCCAAUUUCCUGCAUGGCCAAGCCUCGCCCAAACCCCGUUUUAUAUAUUAAUCUUUGUUUCAAUUUCAGAAGUAGCAGCUUAUCGGAAUCGGGGUUUGAUUCUUCUGAAGCUUCUUCGUUCUUUAAUGGCGUGUUGAAAGGGAAAUACAUGAAGUCUCAGGGCCGGAAAUGGUCCACAUUCAAGCUUUCCAAGAUAGUCAUGGCCUUCCUUUUGGCACUUGGGAUUUCCAUGUUCAUCGCUUUCCGAUUCUUCUCUCCUACUGAAAGUUCUCAUAGCAAUCUACUCCACCGUCUCGCUUCCGUCCAGCAUAGAGCCGUUCAUAGUGAUGGGUUGGGGAAGAGAGAGGAUCAGUGGGUUGAGUUCAUUUCAUGGGAGCCUAGGGCUUUCGUUUAUCACAAUUUCUUGUCCAAGGAAGAAUGCUUGUAUUUGAUUAGUCUUGCAAAACCUUACAUGAAAAAAUCAACUGUGGUUGAUGUAAAAACUGGCAAGAUUAAAGAUAGCAGGACGCGCACCAGUUCCGGGAUGUUUCUGAAUAGAGAGCAGAACAAAAUUGUCAGCAACAUAGAGAAAAGAAUAGCAGAUUUUACAUUCAUUCCCGUAGGGUGGAAUGAAGGUAUACAUUUUAACUGGCUACUCAUUUGGAUGAUGAUGUCUGUUUUUUUCCUUCCCGAAGUUUGCUUAUGAAUGCAUUAUUAUAACUAUUUGCAAUUUAAUGUUACUACCGUUUCGAGAUUGUUUUGUUAUGUGGAUCUUAUGUACGAGCUGACAUGGAGGAAAGACCGGUGGUCUGGUCUUAGCGUAUGUUUGUUGAGUUCUGAUGGCCAUAUCAUAGGAGGGGGAGUUGCAGGAGUUGGUGGACCAUUGAAGGCUGCUGGACCCAUGCAGGUUAACAUACAGGACGAGACGAGACAAGACGUGACUGCACAACCGCUGCAACGCCAGCAAUCUUCGCUUCACUGUGUUAGCUAAUUCUGUCGUCGUAGUAUGCUCCAUACUGUACAGGUGAUAGCAAACUCAUCAGAAGUUAUUAUCCAUCCACUUUUCAUGGUGCAUUUGCAUGUUCUAAUUCUAAUUCUCCUGUUUUUCUCCGUUUAGAUGAACAAGUUUGGUGUUGUUGUUACAGGUUGCAAUCUGCAAUUUGAUCAUAUCAACAAAAACCUCUGGUGAUUUAGUAUCAAAUCUCACCUUUUUAUCACAUAAUAUUUGGUUUGAACGUUUUGGCCGACCAUCUCGAAGUUCGGUGGUCGUUGGGGUGAGCUAAAAUACUUUACUCUCGGUUUGAUCUACAUACAUUAUAAAAUAGCGAGUAAAUAACUUCACUGUAUCAACUUUAA